AGUGCGGAGGGUCCAGUUGGAUCCAAACCGGGACGCCCCAUGAGGCCCUGAAGAAACCGGAGCCUACUCGUCGUGCCCGCCGCCGCUCUUGGUUGGACUCGGAAUAGGACGCCAAAAGCAAAAAAGAAAGACACCACCGUCCAUGUCCAUGCAGGCAACAACAUAUGCGACAUCUGUGCUUCCCCAAUAAGAUCCCCGUAAGCUUCUUCCCCGAUAAUCUCCAAGCCGCGCCGGAACGAACUCAAGCGCUAAUUCCCCGCAAAAAAACCGCGGGACAGACUCAACGAUUAGCCUGCUGCUAGCUGCCGUAAUUCAUCCUGAUUCUGCAGCGUAACCGAUCAUCAUGUCCAACAACAAGAGGUCGAACCCGAUUCUUCCGAUGACAACCUUUCCGCCCAAAGGGCAUGUGACGUCGUCCCCAUUGGAGCAAUGGACGAAGCGGUUCCAGGAGGCGGAGAGGCUGGUGGAGGGAGGCCGUCCCGCCGUCGAUGCGGCUGGAGCUGCAGCGCCGGACGGCCGAGAUCAGGCGCUAGGUGGCCAUCCUCGAGACCCGCAUGAGCUUGAUGCAGGAGGACUUCUCCCAGCUCUCAAGCAAGCAACACAUAAGCUUGAAGGAGAUGCGGAAGCUGGGGGAGAGCUUCUCGGCGCUGAGCGACAAGGUGAAGCAGGCGGCGGCGCCCUUCACCAUGAAGCACUCCUCCAACAACAGGAACGACCUGCUCGGGCCUAGCGACUUGGACAAGUGCGCGGCGAUCGACGUGAGCAGCACGGCCAACAUGGAGGACCGUGAGAUCGUCGAGCUGCAGAGGACCGUCAUGAAAAAGCAAGACGAGAGCUUGGACAGGCUGGAGGAGUCGAUAGCCAGCACCAAGCACAUCGCGCUGGCCAUUAACGAGGAGCUGGACCUGCACACCAAGCUAAUCGAUGAUUUGGACGACAGGACUGAGGAGACGGCCCACCAACUGCAGCGUGCGCAGAAGAAGCUCAAGUCUCUGAACAGGCGGAUGCGGGAAAGCGGUUCCUGCUCGUGCAUUCUCUUGGCGGUCAUUGCCGCUGUCAUCUGUGUUGCCGUCGUCUGGGCUCUGAUCCAGUUUUAGUGGCACGAUCAUCUGACUGAUAUACCGUGCGCCACGAAGAAUUAAAGGGGCUUCCAUGUACAUGUACAGUCUGGAAAUACUCGGUGUCAAGUGUAUCUUCGAGCUCAUUGUCGAAAGAAAAAAUGAUCCCACGAA